UAGACCUGUUUGUUUGCGUAUGACAAUGCAGCUAUGCAAAGCUGUUUAAGAUUACGUUCUGCACUAAGUGGUCGUUUGUCGGGUUUAGUUAUAUCAAGAGUAUUCAUACAACCAGCAUACACAAUGUCCACUGUCAGUGUAAAAAAUGUCUGCAAUGAUGUUAUUCAAUCAGAAGAAGACAAGAGACUGUAUAGAGGUCUGGAGCUGACCAAUGGAAUGAAAGUACUGCUGAUUAGUGAUGAGACUACGGACAAAUCAGCUGCUGCAAUGGAUGUACAUGUUGGGCACAUGUCAGAUCCUGAUAACCUUCCUGGUUUGGCUCAUUUCUGUGAGCAUAUGCUGUUCCUUGGGACUGAGAAGUAUCCUUCCGAGAAUGAAUAUAACAAGUUCUUGAGUGAGCAUGGUGGUAGUUCCAAUGCUUUCACCAGCGCAGAACACACCAACUACUUCUUUGAUGUUGCACCAGAACACCUGAAGGGAGCUAUGGACAGGUUUGCCCAGUUUUUUCUUUGCCCCCUGUUUACAGCCAGUGCUACAGAAAGAGAAGUGAAUGCAGUGAAUUCAGAGAAUGAUAAAAACAUUCCCAAUGAUGCAUGGCGGUUCAAUCAGUUGGAAAAGGCCACUGCCAAUCCUAAACAUCCUUUUAGCAAAUUUGGAACAGGCAACAAAUAUACACUGGAAACAAGACCAAAGGAACUUGGAAUUAAUACCAGGGACGAGUUGUUGAAGUUCCAUUCAAAAUUUUACUCUGCCAACAUCAUGGGUUUGUCUGUUUUAGGAAAAGAGUCCCUAGAUGAGCUUCAAGAAAUGGUAUUGGACCUCUUUAGUAAUGUGGAGAAUAAAGAAGUGGCUAUCCCUGAGUGGCCUGAAUCUCCCUAUGGUCCGGAACAGUUGCAGGUGAAGGCAUUUGUUGUACCAGUAAAAGAUAUAAGGAAUUUGAGUAUUCUUUGGCCUAUUCCUGAUUUACAGGAGCAUUACAAAUCCAAUCCUGGACACUACCUAGGCCAUCUGAUAGGUCAUGAAGGACCAGGGAGUCUCUUGUCAGAGUUGAAGGCAAAGGGAUGGGUUAAUACAUUGGUUGGAGGGCAGUCAGGAGGGGCCAAAGGGUUCAUGUUUUUCCAUGUCAGUGUCGACCUCACUGAAGAAGGAAUAGAACAUGUAGAUGACAUCAUUACUUUAGUAUUUCAAUACAUAAAGAUGCUGAAGAGAGAGGGACCUCAGGAAUGGAUCUUCAAAGAGCUUCAGGAGCUUAAAAAGAUAAGGUUCAGAUUUCAAGAUAAAAGCCCGCCAAGAGCAUAUGCCUGUCGUCUAGCUAAAAUACUACAUGAAUAUCCCCUUGAAGAAGCCUUGAGUCAUGGCUAUCAUUUGACAGAUUACCGACCAGACUUGAUCAGCUUGGUGCUGGAUAUGCUUACACCAGAAAAGAUUCGGGUUGGUGUUGUUGGUAAACAAUUUGAGGGUAUUGCAGAGCAGAAAGAGAAGUGGUAUGGCACUGCCUAUUGUGUUGAGAAGAUACCAGGAGAGCUGAUACAGAUGUGGGAAAAUGUAGAUUAUCAUGAGAACUUGAAGCUGCCGCAAAAGAAUCAGUUCAUUGCCACAGAUUUUAAUAUUGUUCCAAGAGAAAAAGAAGCAACUUCUAGCCCACAGGUAAUUGUGGAGACUCCUCUUAGCCGGUUGUGGUUCAAGCAAGAUGACACUUUUCUGCUACCAAAGGCAUAUUAUGCCUUUGAACUUAACAGUCCCUUGGCAUACAUGGAUCCACUACACACCAACUUAAAUGCAAUGUUCUGUGACCUAUUUAGAGAUGCAUUGAAUGAGUACGCCUAUGAUGCUGAGCUAGCAGGCCUUGGGUAUUCUCUCUUGGGAACUGUGUAUGGAAUAUAUCUCGGUAUCCGUGGAUAUAGUGAUAAACAACCAAUACUGCUGAAGAAGGUGAUGGAAAAAAUGACCACAUUUAAGCCAGAUCCAAAGAGAUUUGAAAUCUUCAAAGAAGCUUAUAAAAGAAGUCUAGAAAAUUUCCGAGCAGAGCAACCUCAUCAACAUGCAGUGUAUUACACAAAUCUGGUUACUAGUGAACAGAUGUGGACAAAGGAGGAACUAUUAGAUGCUCUCGAAGAUAUAACUGUGGAGAGACUUACGACUAUGAUACCACAGUUCCUUUCAAGACUAAAUAUUGAAGGUCUUGUGUAUGGAAAUGUCACGAGACAGAGAGCUGAAGAGGUCCUAGAUAUCAUCCAGAACAUGCUGAAGGAAAACUGUGAUACGAAACCACUAGCACCAAGUCAAAAGAAACGUUGGAGAGAGGUGCAGCUCCCUGAUGGUUGUUCCUAUUUAUACAAGUCCACCAAUGACGUACACAAGAGUUCUUCCAUAGAGGUUUAUUACCAGUGUAACCUACAGGAAACUCACAGUAAUGUUCUGUUGGAAUUAUUCUGUCAGAUCAUCAGUGAACCCUGUUUUAAUAUACUACGAACACAAGAACAGCUAGGUUACAUUGUGUUUAGUGGUAUACGUAGAAAUAGCGGUGUACAAGGACUGAGAAUCAUAGUGCAGUCAGACAGGAGUCCAGAGUAUGUGGAGAGCAGAACAGAGGCAUUUCUAAAGAAAAUGGAGUCCUACAUACUGGAAAUGACUGAUGAUAUAUUUAAAAAACAUGUAGAGGCACUUGCAAAAAAACGUUUGGAGAAGCCAAAGAAAAUGUCAGCACAGAACGGAAAAUUAUGGUCAGAAAUCAACUGCAAGCAAUAUAACUUUGACAGAGAUGAAAUUGAAGCAGCCCACCUAAGAACUCUCACCAAGGAAGAUGUUAUGCAAUUCUAUAAGGAAUUGAUAUCACCAGAGGCUCCAAAACGGCACAAGGUAUCAGUACAUGUGGUGUCCACUGCUAAAAAAACAGGCAGUGGAGAUGCAGUUUCUGAAGAAGUGGUGAAAGAAAUGGCAUCACUGAACAUGGCAUCUCCAGAAAAUGCAAAAGAAGAUUCUAACACAACUGAUGAAAUCAAAGUAGCUGAGCCCAUCCUUAUUUGUGAUGUUUGCGACUUCAAGCAGGAGCUCCCAUUGUUUCCAUUAGUGAAGCCAUACAUUAACCCUAGCAGCACCAAGUCAAAAUUGUGAAAAUAUUCAAAACUGUAUUAAUUGUUGUUGUGUUUGUUGCACUAUUGCUGCACCUCAUUUUAGGGAAAAUCAUUUUAAUCGAAAGCUGAAAGAGCCCAAGAGGGUAACAGUAUAUCACAAGAUACUUUUAUGUAAAAUAUCUAUUCAGAUAUUCAUUCUUAAAUUCUAGUUUUGCCAGUGAUGGUAUUUUUCGUGUAUUUAAUUAACUGUAAAAAUAAGUUUUUCAGAGUGUAGUAGUAAAUCUUACUCACUUGGCUGUCAGUGUAAUAGAUCUGAUUACAUAUUAACGUUUUAGGAUCUGUUUCAUUUGUUGAUCCUCAGGUUUUGACACCAUAUCAGCACAUUAACGAUCAUAAUGAUUAUGAAAAUGGACAGCAUCACUGCAUCUUAUUCAUAAGCCAUCACACAAUUUUACCUCUCAUUUCUAAAGGCAGAUGAAAUAUUUUGUGCACAUUUACUUUAUAUUUUAAUGGGGUGAUAUUUAUUUAAAAUUCACAUGAAAAGAUUAUUAUUAUUAUUAUUGUUAAUAAUAAUUUCACAGUAAACCAACUUAGUACAUUGUAAGUUGUUGGCAAUCAUCACAAGUUCUUAUGCAAUACUUUGGUGAAGUCAUUUGCUUAAGAAAAUAAGAAUUUUUGAGUCCAAUCUCCUUCAUGUUGGUAAUAUAUGUGCAUUUAUUAAUUACUAUACCAUAUUAAAAUGAUAUUAUAGAUUUUCAGUGUUGCUUAAAGUUACAUAUGAAGUGAAAGCUUUGCCACUUAGCCUGACCAAACACCAUCAUAAUUUCACAUAGCAUAACUGAAUGAAAUACCAAAGGGUAUUGUCUCAUAUUUAGAAAGAAUGACAUUUCAACAGAUAUUUUUUGCCUUUUUUCUGUACUGUUUACAUAACCCUUGGUUGUUUUUAUCAAGUCUUGUCUGAAUAUUGAUGUCGUUGCCUGCACCAGUAAUGCGCCAUGCAUUACUAUGUCAGUUGGCAGACUUUUACAAACUGGAGGGAUGGAUGGAUAAAUAAGCCAAGUUUGGAACCAGAAAUUUGAAAAAGGUGCAGUUUUGAAGGUAUUUUUUGGCUGAUCACAGGUUUAAUUUGGUUUAUCCCUUGAUAUGUCAACUAUAUUUGAGAAUUAUAAGAAACGAGUAGAAGUGGUUUAUAUAAUUGAUAGGGAACCCAUGCUCACUUCAUAUGCAACUUUUAUAAGUCAUCCUGUGUUCAGAUAGUUAUGGAAUCAUUUUGGUACCAUUAAACCAAUCAAUUCAUGGAGUUGACAACUGUUGUGUUGGUAUCAUGAAUUGUACAUUUUUGCAUCUGUAAAUGUUAAAUUUUUUCAUUUCUUUACAAUUUCUUAAACAUAUUAGUGUUUUUAUUCUUGAUUUCACCCGAGAUUUACAUAUUCAGUACACGCAGUUUGUCAUGAUGACAUCCAAUAAAUGAUAAACACCUAGA